AUGCUAGCCGCCGCAGUUCGGAAGAGCGAGCCGGCUGAACAAUUCGCCGAGCUGCUGUCUCCCUUUGCCUUCCUCGCUGCAGUCUCGUCUGCAGAAAAGACGCAAGCGAGACGUGACGUUCCUGCGUGGCCUCCCGACAAUGUCCAGGAGCUGGGACGUGCAACGCUUGGUUCGGUUAGCACUUUCGCUACCAUGCGCUGGUCUUGGUGGCUGUCACACCAGCUUGCACUGUCGUGGCCUGACCAUGCCACCCGAAUCGAUCUGUCUGGUCUAGUUCAUGGAAAGCGCGCAUUCAACAAAGCGCCGGGACCCCUUGUCGAAAUGAAAGGGAAGUUUGCGGCGACUCAAAAGGGCAAACUGGCAGAGGGCUUGGAAACGUGCAGAUCGCUCUUCUUGUCGGAGUCGCAAAAUUCGCAGAUUCGAAAAAGCAAGGUCCAACUCGCCGACGCGGAUGGACGAAGCCUGCACGCCAAGCACUCUGCCACAACUUCAUCUCGACGCUGCCCACUUCGCACCGGCCUCCCUCGCGCAUCAGGCCCCACCAUCCCCAUCUGUCCGGUCCACUGGACGUGCUUUGCCGCUGGGGCGUGUGCCGCUAUCGAGCCGGAGGAGCCCAAGGUACCGCACGGUGGAUUCGUGCAACUCAUUGCGACGCCUGCGCAGGCGCCUCGAAGCAUCCUUAAAAAGUCGUCUUCAGAACCUUCCUCGCCGAGCUCGUCAUCACCUCCACUCAGCCCACGGCCAACCAUGUCGUCCGUCAGCUAUGCAGAAUACCAGCCGCACCAGUGGUCCGUCGCUGGCAUCACCCGGGCCCAGUCGAGUAACUCUUCGACCUCCUCGGCCUCUUCGUCGGCGCCGGGUAACAGGCUGACUGUCACCUUGCUGUACACGCCCACCGACACGCUCUUUGCGUGGCCGUUCAACAUGUCUUCGCCAGGAGCGAGAGGGGUGUGCUACGAGACGCUGUACAGCGACAAGGAGACGGGCGCCGUUCGCAGACCGCCCGAGGGAGCCAUGAGCACGAGCCUGCGCGUGCUGGCCGACGUGAUCCGAUGCUGGAUCCGCAUCCGACGCGAUCGGUCCAGCGUCUCGCGCGCAGGAGGCGCCGAUGCCGCCUAUGCGAGCGCGUCCGCUUCGCCUACAUCGUCGAUCGAUGCUCUAGUUGACAACGACGAGGUGGUGGAUCAAAUCAUUGAAGACCUUGGCAUGGCGCAACUCACCCCAUUCGAACGCUCAAUCCAUCUGCUGCGCCAAGUUCUUCCGGACCAGCUUUCGGAAGAGCCGACGUCGCCAACCCGGGCACCGUCCGAGGCGGGCAGUUCGCAGGUAUCGGACGACGACCGAGACUCGCGCCAUCGCAGUGACUCUGCAUCGAGCCGCGCCAGCACACUCGAGUCCACAGCUGACGAGGUGGCACCGGCCCAAAAGGCGUCGCCCAACUGUCCACCCAAGCUCACCAUCGCCCUGCCAAAGUCACAGCAGGGUUCGCCCAAGGCAGAGGUGCCGCAGAUCAAGCUCGUCGAGGCUACACCCCAGGAGGGCGAGUACGAGGAGCGAGACCGCGCGCUUGAGAGGGCUGCGUUGGCGAGGAGCCGCAAGAACAGUCCCGGUGGCAUGCAAACGGUGCUCGAGGCCGAGGACGAGGACAAGGCCGCCACCGAGGUUGACGAAGAGGGAGCCGUCACCUACAUUGAGGUCGUCCCUGUCGACCCGCCGUCACCGUCGAUCAAGUCGCAACCAGCCUCACCAGGCAAGCCCAAAGUCACAUUUCGAGACCCUUUCAAAAGCAUCCAGCCCGGCCAGACCGAGCCGGCGGCGUUGCAGUCCGACGAGCCAGCAUCCCCAAGCAAGAGCGCCGUGGUGCGGGAGGAAGAGACGAGGAGCGUGACUUAUUUGGUGAUUUUCGGUGUCGCUUUUUCCGAUGGAGUGCUGCAGGGUGCUGCAGGUGUUGUGCAUUGUGCAGUGAGCGGCUUUUUGAAGCUGACUUUGAAUCCUCACACCAUCAUUGCCAACGCCAUGACCGACUUCGAAAAGACUAGCAGCAGCAACUCGACGGGCACCCAGCCUCUGUCGGUGGGAGAUGAUCGGCUGGCGUCCGACAGCAACUUUGCGAGCCGGCAGGUCGAGACGGGCGAGACGAUCGACCAGGGCGGCUAUGGGCUGUCGGCCUCCGGUGGGGACCAGUUUGCCAGAGAGAACCAGACCGGCCAAGGCUUCUCUUCGACGCAGCAGCAGCGAGACAGCAGCGGCGGCCAGUUUCAGCCAAGCGUCCAAGACUCGAUCGGCAACACCGAGUAUCGCGCCGAUGCACCCACUGAUCCCGACACACGCGAGGGGCCGCUGCACGACUACUCCACUUCGCUGGGCACAGCUCGGAUGGCCAACGCCGGCCCGGAAGACGAGGCUCCUGCCUCCACAGCCACUCGUCUCGCCUCACCUGGCCUCGACUCGACGCUCGUACUCACCUUUGCCACGCACACCAUCUCUGCUCGUCUCGCCUCAUCCUAA